UCUAUAAAUAGACACCGUUUGUACAUUCUAUUGAUAGAUCAAAAUAGUAAUAAAUGUACUAUUAAAUUCUCUCUAGUUCUCUCCUUUGUUUAAAGUUUGAUUUUGAUUUUUUGUCUUUAUUUUAUAACAGUUUAAUUAUACUUGCUUAAAUAUCAUAAGGGAUGCAAUUAGAUAUAAUCAAUAAUUGAGGGAUCAAACUUGCUAUUAACCCAAAAUUAUUCUCUCCCAAUUUAUACACAAAUCAACCACUUUCGAAGCAUCCUUCAGUUUCAGAUCUCUCGUAAAGGAUAUUUCAUAUAUAGCUUGUCAGAGAUGGCUGCAUUCAAGGCAUUUUUGAACAGCCCGGUUGGCCCUAAAACAACUCACUUUUGGGGUCCUGUAGCCAAUUGGGGAUUUGUCAUUGCUGGACUGGUCGACACACAGAAACCACCAGAGAUGAUAUCAGGCAACAUGACCUCAGCAAUGUGUGUGUAUUCUGCAUUGUUCAUGAGAUUUGCAUGGAUGGUUCAGCCACGGAAUUAUCUUCUUCUCGCAUGCCAUGCCUCGAAUGAGUCAGUGCAACUCUAUCAACUAUCACGUUGGGCAAAAAGUCAAGGAUAUAUGCAGCAGAAUGCAGCCAAAGCAGAGUGAUUUACUUUUCUUUCUUGUUUAUUUUUGGACAAAUUUUGCUCGACGUUUAUGAUUGCUUUCAUCAAUUGUUGCAAAAAUGUUCAUAAAGAAGCAUCAAGACUUUUGCAGUUUGAAUGGCUCUACACGUUAAUAAACCAUUCAGUGAAAAAGGUAAUGUUUUUUUCGGA